CGAGCAAAGUAGUCCGGAUAAAAAAAUACCAUAACGACUUUUUCUUAGACACUGUUUGACUGUCAGUGUUUGUGUGUAACGUCCAGUGGCGCGGAUCGGUCGACAUGGCGGAGAACAGAGAGAAAACCACGGACCAGAUGAAGAUGUGGCAGCAGGGCAAAGCCCGGCAGAAGCCAGACACACUGACUACAGGAGCUGGUCAUCCUGUUGGAGACAAGCUGAACCUGCAGACUGCAGGACCUAGGGGCCCCCUGCUGGUCCAGGAUGUGGUCUUCACCGAUGAGAUGGCCCACUUUGACCGGGAGAGAAUCCCAGAGAGAGUGGUGCACGCCAAAGGUGCAGGGGCCUUUGGGUACUUGGAGGUGACUCAUGACAUUACUCGCUACUCCAAGGCCAAGGUGUUUGAGCAUGUCGGAAAGACGACACCUAUCGCUAUUCGUUUCUCCACUGUCGCUGGGGAGUCGGGAUCAGCAGAUACAGUGCGAGACCCCCGGGGCUUUGCUGUCAAGUUUUACACUGAGGAGGGCAACUGGGACCUGACAGGCAACAACACCCCCAUUUUCUUCAUCAGAGACGCCCUGCUGUUCCCGUCCUUCAUCCACUCCCAGAAGCGCAACCCCCAAACCCACAUGAAAGACCCUGACAUGGUGUGGGACUUCUGGAGCCUGAGGCCUGAGAGUCUGCAUCAGGUGACUUUCCUUUUCAGUGAUCGAGGUUUGCCUGAUGGCCAUCGUCACAUGAACGGCUACGGCUCCCACACCUUCAAACUGGUCAAUGCUGACGCAGAGGUUGUCUACUGCAAGUUCCACUUCAAGACUGAUCAAGGAAUUAAGAAUCUGUCGGUUGAGGAGGCAGACCGUCUGGCAUCCACCAACCCAGAUUAUGCUAUUGGAGACCUGUUUAAUUCCAUCGCCAAUGGCAACUUCCCAUCCUGGACCUUCUACAUCCAGGUUAUGACCUUUGAGCAGGCUGAGAAGUUCGAGUUCAAUCCUUUCGAUCUUACUAAGGUUUGGUCGCAUAAAGAUUACCCCUUGAUCCCCGUGGGCAAAUUGGUUCUCAACAGGAACCCAGUCAACUACUUUGCAGAGGUGGAGCAGCUGGCCUUCGACCCCAGUAACAUGCCACCAGGCAUUGAAGCCAGCCCCGACAAGAUGCUGCAGGGUCGUCUCUUCUCUUACCCAGACACACACCGACAUCGGCUGGGAGCCAACUACCUGCAGAUCCCCGUCAACUGUCCCUUCAGGACACGUGUGGCUAACUACCAGCGUGACGGUCCAAUGUGUAUGUUUGACAACCAAGGUGGCGCUCCAAACUACUAUCCCAACAGCUUCAGUGCCCCAGAGACCCAGCCUCACUGUGUGGAGUGCAAGUUUAAGGUGUCUCCAGAUGUGGACCGUCACUGUGACGACGAAGAUAAUGUUACACAGGUUCGCACCUUCUACACCCAGGUGCUGAAUGAAGAGGAGCGUCAGAGACUUUGCCAGAAUAUGGCCGGGGCCCUGAAGGGAGCGCAGUACUUCAUCCAGAACCGCAUGGUGGAGAACUUGAAGGCCGUCCAUCCAGACUAUGGAAACAGGGUUCAGACUCUUCUCAACAAGCACAAUGCAGAGGCUGAGAAGAACUCAGCUGUGCAUGUUUACAGCCGUCCAGGUGCCUCAGCUAUUGCUGCCGCCUCCAAGAUGUGAUGCCUUAGAUUUCUGUCAGAGAAUCAGCGCUGACUCAGAUCAAAUGCACUUAUGUGAUUACCAACAGCUUUUACCAGUAACCAGAUUAGAUAUUACUAAACAUGAUUGAAAUGUAAACCUUGUAUUGUCAGAGUUGGAGUUAGUUUAUUUUUAACUCAAUCUGAACAAAUAAUUUUUUUCAACAUUCUCAAAGCUGGCAAUAUUCAAGAGGCUCAUGAUUCUUUUUGAUUAAAACAUAGACCAUAGCUCAUUGUUUGUUUAUACGUCUUACCUUCUGCUACAAUAAGCCUUGAAAAUGAUUU